AAUUAAGAAUCUCUUCCCCAAAAAAAUUCAUUUCCCUUUUCUUGUUGUUCGUUUCACAAAAGAGGACAAAAACAAAACAAAACAAAACAAGAAGUCCCAUCUCCCUAACCUCUUUGUUGUCUAAGGUUUACCUCCAUCAACCAAACGCAAUGGCGAACGCAGCGUCGGGAAUGGCGGUGGUAGACGAAUGUAAGCUCAAGUUUUUGGAGCUAAAAGCGAAAAGAAACUAUAGGUUCAUAAUAUUCAGGAUAGAUGGACAACAAGUGGUGGUCGAAAAACUUGGAAGUCCCGAGGAGAACUACGACGAUUUCUCCAAUUCUCUUCCGGCCAACGAGUGCCGCUAUGCCGUCUAUGACUUCGACUUCACCACUGUUGAGAAUUGCCAGAAGAGCAAAAUCUUCUUCAUAGCAUGGUCACCGGAUUCUUCGAGUGUGAGGAUGAAGAUGGUGUAUGCCAGCUCAAAGGACAGGUUCAAGAGAGAAUUAGAUGGUAUUCAGGUGGAAUUACAAGCCACGGAUCCGAGUGAGAUGAGUUUUGACAUCAUCAAAAGUCGUGCUCUCUAGAUUCAUAUGUGCCUGAUUUCUUAUCAUAUAUCCAUAAGUGCUCCAUCAUCAUUAUUCAAAGAACUUCUCCAUGUUGUGUAACUUUUGUUGGUUUCAUUCUUUCUUCUUCCUCUUGGCUCUUUUUAAUCUUUUUUUAUUUGCAUUUAAAGACGUGGGUUUUAUACUCUGGCUUGGGAUAAGCUGUAAAACCGUGUAGUUUAUCGUGUAAUUGCUGGCAUAAAAAAAUAAAACAUAUU